GUAACGGCUGGGCGAAAUUUCCAUCUCGUUUAACUUUACAGGUACCAACUUUGUUUGACUGUUGGGGAAAAGCGGCGUCACCUACUUACUUCUUGAACAGCUUUUUUACUGCCACACGUUUUUGCACAACUUUUACAGAAACAUGGACGACUGGACCAGGCUGAGAAAUCAUAAUGUUUACCCGCCGUAUCAUGCCUACGCACUGGGCUUCCUCCGUCAACAUGGCGCCGAUCAGAGCAACGGGAAUCUGAACAACUGGAACGAAGCCGGUGUAAUGGACCUCAGCAACUACAACGCGGGAAUACAUCAGGCUUACUACGCAGUCAACACCGCCAAGAACCUGGACCAAUCUCCAGAGAGUCCCGGGCAGGUUGUAGUGAACGGCAACGGCUAUUACCGAGACACCCAGUCGAGUCGUGUGAUUCUGUCCGCAUCGAACCAGGUCACGUCUGACGACCGGGGCAGCGAGGCCGGACGGGCCCAGAGCGAGUCCCCGACUUACUCGGACGCACACACCUCCCCAGAUUCAUGGAGGUCUGACAGUAGCAGAGACGAAAGCUUCCCCCAGGCAGACCCUACUACCUGGGUGAAAAAGGAGCCGGAUUAUGGGGUAUGUGGCAAGGGCCCCAUUGGGAGCCAGGACGUGGGCCCACUCAAUGAGCACACCUGCCUCAUGGAGGAGCUGCAGCCUCUUGCUGUGACUGGAAAGCAAAGCGCUGACAUCGCAUGUGUACAUGCCCCCACACCAACCCCAACAAAGCAGAACACGGCUGCACUCAGCACCACCAAGGGAAAGGUCCGGUCCGCUUUCUCAGAAAGUCAGAUGGGUAUGCUUGUUCAGCGCUUCAGUGUUCAGAAAUACCUAACUCCAGCUGAAAUGAAGCACCUUGGAGACACGAUUGGACUGACCUACAAACAGGUGAAGACUUGGUUUCAGAACCGAAGGAUGAAGCUGAGGAGGCAGCAGAAGGACAACAACUGGAUGUGUGGUCGUAAUAAUGCCAACAAGGAAGCUCUGGCUCAUGGAAAUAUUUACAGCAACAACCACCCUCAUGUGCAGCCGUAUCAGGAUGUCCGGCCCCGGGAGCAUUACAAUGAGCACAUGGUGGACACAGCCUACAGGAAACCUGCUCCACAGAACCUGGCUUUCUAUAUGGCUGCUAUGAGCAAUGCUGCUGGACCCGCUGGCUACCCCACCUGGUCCCCCCAGCCUGUAGUGCCCCACAGACCCCAAGUCACUGGCUGGUGUCUCCCCCAACGUGUUGGACAAUAUAUGUUUAACCCAGCUGCUGCAAACGAUCUCAAUGAAUCCAGCUUUGAAAGCCAGGAUGGAGAGCCUGCCAAUAGCUCAGGCUCUUUGAUCACAAGUGUUGUACAUAAUCAGCUAAUUAGUCAGUAGUAGGAAUUCUGUAAAUGUUCACAUGUUCCUGAUUGUAUUUUGACUGGUCAUUUUUAUCAAAUUUGGUGUAAAUAUGCCAUGUUCAUAUUUCUGUUUUCUUAAAGUUUUAUUUUAUAUGCAUCUAUUUAAUGUGUGUUGGCGCUUGAUAUCGAAUGGGUCCACACUGGAGCUGUUCUUGUUUUUGGAACAGUUUUAAAGCAAAUGCAUCUGCAUGAAAUCUCUUUACCUUUUUUCUAAAAUAUAGGUUUUGUUUAACA